AUGUUACCUCUUUAUCUAUUAACAAACGCAAAGGGUCAGCAAAUGCGUGUGGAAUUGAAGAACGGUGAAGUCAUUGAAGGAAAGUUAACCAAUGUUGAUAAUUGGAUGAAUUUGACGCUAUCGAAUGUUAGUGAAUAUAAAGGAUCUGAUGCUUUUGCUAGUCCUCAGACUGAGGUAAUGAAGUCAACAGAAAUUUAUGUUAGAGGUACUUUCAUUAAAUAUAUUAAUCUACCUGACGAUAUUAUUGACAUUGUUAAACAACAAAUUAAUAUGAAUAAUAGCAGCAACAGUAAUAGGAAGUAUAUUGGUAGUGGAAAUAGAUAUGGGUCUUCCGGGAGCGGUGGUAGAUCUGGCGGUUAUAAUAGAAGAGAUAAUUAUAAUAACAACAGUAGUGGUAGAAGGAAUUAUAACGCAGGAAAUCGUCGUUCUUAUCAGCAGAAUCAACAACAGCACCAAAACCAACACCAGCAGCAACAUCAACAACAAUAUCAUAAUAAUAAUAACGAAAAUAGAACAAAUCCUAACGGUAUGGGAGGUUAUGUCCAAAUUCAACAACUACCUAGCAACACUAAUCCACAAUUACCUUCUCAAAAUGUUGAAUUUUAA